GCAGACAGAGCCCCGUGUGCGGUUAGCUCGGAGCUAAAGCUAAAAACACUUUGUUAAAAUGUCCAAAGGCCAAACGCUGAGAGCUUUGGUGAAUGAGCGGCUGACUGCGGCUGCUGAAGAGAUCUUUGCGCUGUUUGAAAGAACGAUAGCGGAGUAUGAGGAGGAACUGUGUCGCUCCAAAGAGGAGAACCAGAGGAACCAGGACACUCCACAGACUCCACGGAUUAAAGAGGAGCCAGAGGAGCAGAGCGUCAAACAGGAGGAAGACACGCUCCCAGCACAGCUCCAAGUGGGCAUCCCAGAGUCCAGUGCUGUCCGUGUGAAGACAGAAGAGUCCUCACUGCUUCAACAUAGACAAACUGGGGAGGAAACACAGGGAGAGGACAUCAGCACAUUGCCACAUUUACACUCAGAGACUGAGGGACACAUGGAGCACUCCUCUGACACUGACAAUGAUGAAAACUGGAGAGCUCCAUUCAACUGUCCAGCUACACAGAUGGAGACGGAGGCUGAUGGAGACCACUGCAACCAAGUCCAGAUCAGAGCCAGAAUCAUCGCUGCACCAAACUCAGGUCUAUCCCCCAAAUACAAGUCUGCACCAGAGACCAGUGCCACUGUGAACUAUGGAGACAUGUCAGGAACAGACCAAGAAGCUGACAAGAAGAAACACCAGUGCUGUCUGUGUAAGAAGAGGUUUGGGACUAACCAGAUUUUACAAAGACACAUUAGACUUCACACAGGAGAGAGACCGUUCAGCUGUUUAAUUUGUUUGAAAACAUUUACUGCAAAGACUAGUCUAGAUAACCAUAUAAAGAUACACACCGGCGAACGACCUUACAGCUGUUUAACCUGUAAGAAAACAUUUAUCCAAAAAUCCAGUCUAGAUUACCAUGUAAAGACACACACAGGACAUAAACCAUUCCACUGUUCAAUCUGUGAGAAGACAUUUUGUGAUAAGAGUACUCUUGUUCAACAUCUGAGAACACACACAGAUGAGAGUCCCUACAGCUGUGCAACAUGUGAGAAAACAUUUACCAAAAAGAGUCAUCUCGAUACACAUAUAAAAAUACAUACAGGAGAAAAACCGUACAGUUGUUUAAUCUGUAAGAAAACAUUUACCCAAAAAUCCAGUCUAGAUUCGCAUAUCAAGAUACACACAGGAGAGAAGCCAUUCAGCUGUUCAACCUGUGAGAAAACAUUUUCUUAUAAGGCCAAUCUACGUGAACAUGUAAGGAUACACACAGGUGAACGACCUUUCAGCUGUUCAACAUGUGAGAAGACAUUUAUCACAAAGGGUAAUCUUGAAAAACAUGAGAGAAUACACACUGGUGAGAGACCUUACAGCUGUUCCAUUUGUAAUAAUGGGUUUAAACUUAAACAGCAUUUGAAGAAACACAUGAGAACUCACAAAACAGAAAGUGACUGAAAGCUAAUUGGUUGUGUUCAUGAGAUGUUUUAAAGAGAAAUCUGUGUUGGAGCCUGCUGCUUCAUUUUGAGCGAAAAUCCUGUCACAAUAAAAAAAACUGUUUUUAUCACAGUAAAAUUUGAGCACCAGUGAUGAUCUAAUGACUUUAUUUAUGUAAUGACAGAAGGAGCACAGAGACACGUGAUAAAGUCCCUUCUGAGCUUUGGAGCUGGAGACAGAAUAAUGCAAAUUGGUCUGUUCCACCUUGUGAUGUCAUUUAGUGGUAGUUUUAAGGUCAGCUAUUUUUAACCAUUUGAACUGUUUUAUUCUACAAUAGACUAGAAAAAACAUAAAUUUUCAGCCUUCCUAAAACAUAUUUUAGUUUUCCCUUUUGUUCAGUUGAGAUUGCCACAGAAAGUCUACCAUAUCUCCUGGUGCACAGAGAAAUGAUGUUUUGUUUAAACGAGGAUAAAACAAUAGCUGUAUAGCUCCAAAGUUUGGCAAAUCCGGGGCUGAAAUUAUUCAAAUUAUUCUAGUGAAGUUUAAAACACAGUGGAGCACUUCCUGUAUUACCAC